GUUUCAGUACAGGGUUUGUCUGAUGAAGGAUGUAUGUGUUGGUCCUGGUUCAAAUCCUGCAGUCCACCCUGUUGGCAGUCCACUCCUGUCCAGAUUUAUGCACCUGUACCGAUGGGAGCAGUGGAUCAGAGCUCAGGUCAGUGCAGUGCAGUGACCCUGGAAUCUCAGCUGUUCCCAUUAACGUCCCAGCUGACACAGUCAAACUGCGUCUAGAGAAGACCUUGAUCUCCAGGGUGCCCCGAGCAGCCUUCUACAACCUGUCAGAGCUGCGGUUCUUGUGGAUGACCUACAAUUCCAUCACAUCCAUCCACCCCAGCAGCUUUGUCAACCUGAAGGCCUUGCGAGAGCUGCGUCUCGAUGGAAACUUCCUGACAUCAUUUCCCUGGGACAGGCUCCGGGACAUGCCCCGCCUCCAGACUCUGGGUCUCCAUAACAACCGUCUGUCCAGCCUUCCUGCCCACGCUUCGCUCUUUCUCACCAACAUCACCUACCUCGACCUGUCCAGCAACAGGCUAACUAUAUUACCUGCUGAGCUGCUGGAUCUUUGGUUUCCUCUUCCAAAACAACAGGGAGGACCAGCUCAAAGAAGAAUUUUGGGUCUCCAUGACAACCCCUGGUUGUGUGACUGCCAGAUCUCCAUGGUGAUGUCCCUGUCCAUGUCCCUUGGGACACCUGUAGUUCUCAUGGACCAGCUGCUGACAUGCAGCAGGUCUCUGGGUCAGUCAGGGAUACUGCUGACCCAGGAUGAUUUGUCCCGCUGUAUGAGGCCUUCAGUCCAGCCUGCAGCCACCAGAGUCAUCUCUCCAUUGGGCAGCGAUGUAAUCCUCCGCUGUAAUGCCACCGGCUACCCUACACCAACCCUGACCUGGAUCAAAACCUCAGGCUACACUGGUUGUUGCCAACAAGACAUCCUUGAGACCUAUGACCAGCUACCCAGGAGCUUGGAGAGUUUUAUGCAGGAAUCUCCUCGAGUGGGGGUUCGCUGGUCAAUAAUCAGCCUGAAUGGGUUAUCAUACAAGGAUGCUGGUGAAUAUCGUUGCCAGGCACGGAACAUGGCAGGAAUAUCUGAAGCCCCAAUCAAACUGAAAGUGGUGGGAGUCUCACAACUAUCCCGUCUUCCAAAGAGGAAGCUCCAAAAGACACCAAAACCAUCAUUAAAAUACAGGAAGUCAAACCAGACUAGAACUACUAUUACCACCCCUUCAGUGAAGGAGAAUCAGAUACUUCAAAACAUCACAUCACCUUCCAUUAAUAAGACCCAGACUUCCCCGAAUCUUGAGUCCCAAGUGUUCCCUGUACACAAAAGGCGCAAAACGAACUCGACAAAUGCAAAGAAAAAGACCCGGACAUCCAUCAAGUUUGCAUCUGAGUCCUGACAAAACUCUACAACCUCUCUGUUGUCAGAAACACUGAUGUAUGAGACACACUGGAGUUGAUCAGGGCCACUUACUUUUUUCU